AUGGAAAAACAAGCCGACUCCAGUCAUGGAACCUCAAAAUCGCAAAGCAGUGACAUGUCAAGCUCUCAGGAGCAAAAAGAAUCAUCUGAAGCAAAAAGUUCAGCACAAGAGACGGUCUUGUUGAGAGUCACUGAUCUGGAGAAUAAUCCCAUGUGCAGAAUUUGCUAUAAUGGCCCUAGCAGGGAACGACUUUUAAGACCCUGCAAAUGCAAAGGUACGAUAGAGUAUGUUCAUCGUCAUUGCUUGGAAAGGUGGCUGGAGUCAACCAACUGUGAGACUUGCGAAUUGUGCCAACAUCAUUUCACAACCAGAAGAACUAGAAAGAGUUUUUGGGAAUGGUGUAGACAGCCAGAGACGCGACACGACAGAAGGAACUUCAUCGGGGACUUCACCUGCUUUGCCUUCCUCACCCCCUUGGGGAUUGCCACCUUCUGGCUCUGCGCGGAAGGGGCCAUCUACUAUCAGAAGGUGAAGAACUCCACUCUGGAAACCAUAGCCCUCGUCACCCUGGCCGUCUUUCUGGUCAUGGCCUACGUCACAUGGAUCAUCUUAUGUACCAGAUAUCAUCUCAUGAUAUGGUCUCGAUGGCGAGAACACAACUGGCACGUUAGAAUCGUUGACAGAUCGUCGACAUCCCCCCAAACCUCAGAAGAAGAGUCGGUGGUCAGCGUUCCACCUCAGAGCAGCUCAUUGAGGGAACCGCUCAUACCGUCGGUCCGUGUCCAGAUUCAGGACAGUAGAGGAUGUCCGGCUCACGGUCCAGAAAGGAAUACUGAGCCAAGUGUGUCGACGGUCAGUACACAAGUUGCGUUUCCCGGACGAGUUUCCACAGUUUAA